AUGGAGCGAGGAAUCCCGGAGGAGAUACUGCGAGAGUCGACAGACGCCAUCGCACAGCGUGCACGUCUCAUUGAAAACGAGGUGCGUGAACUCCGGCGUGAGGAAGAACGGCUUCGUCGCGAAAUCCAAUCCCUAAACGAGAGAGUGAAAGAGAAUGAGGAGAAGAUCAAGCUCAACGCUCAGUUACCGUUCUUAGUCGCGCAUGUUGUGGAAGUGCUCACGCCGGCCGCUUUGAAGCGAGCGCCCCCGUCGCUCACCGGGCCAGGAACGCAGAGUGCGCCACACGCUGAGACGGCCUUAGCAACGCAGCCGAAUGGUAGUGUUUCGGAAACUCAAGGCGAAGCAAGGAACCAGCGUUUGGGCUCGGGUGCACGCGGAGGGAGCGACCUCAUCAACCGGAGCUCCGGUAUCACCAGCGAGACCCAGACCCCGGGCGCUGCCGAUCACGAAGACGACCUUGACGACGCUGAGGAGGAUGAAGGCGCUGCUCAAGAGUCGGAUGCCAAUCAGCAGUCACCUGCGGUCGUUGUGAAGACUUCCACCCGACAAACAGUGUUUUUGCCCAUCCCUGGACUGGUUGAUGUCUCCGAGCUCCGCCCUGGUGACCUCGUCGGGGUCAACAAGGACAGCUAUUUGAUUCUUGAAAAGCUUCCCGAAGAGUACGACGCACGAGUAAAGGCCUUUGAGGUCGAUGAAAGGCCCACGGAAGAUUUCGCCGACAUUGGCGGCUUGGACAAGCAGAUCGAGGAAGUAAUCGAAGCUGUUGUGCUGCCGAUGACGCACAAACACUUGUUUGAACGGGUGGGAAUCAAGCCCCCAAAAGGGGUGCUCAUGUAUGGCCCGCCUGGAACUGGAAAGACGCUCCUUGCUCGCGCGUGUGCAGCACAAACCAAAGCCACAUUUCUGAAACUAGCGGGAACCUCACUCGUUCAGAUGUUUAUCGGAGAUGGUGCCCGUCUUGUGCGAGAUGCAUUCGCACUGGCAAAGAAAAAGGCGCCGUCUAUCAUUUUCAUCGAUGAACUGGAUGCAAUUGGUACGAAACGUUUCGAUUCAGAUCGCAGUGGUGAUCGCGAAACACAACGCACCAUGCUCGAGUUGUUGAACCAACUUGAUGGAUUCGAUCAGAACGAUGACGUUCGCGUCCUUGCUGCGACGAACAGACCAGAUAUCCUGGAUGCAGCACUGAUGCGUAGCGGUCGACUCGAUCGGAAGAUCGAGUUUCCCCAUCCCGAUGAAGCUGCUCGGGCGCGGAUUCUGCGCAUCCAUUCACGGAAGAUGAACGUUCACCCUGACGUAUCCUACGAGGAACUUGCUCGCUCAACAGACGAUUUUAACGCAGCAAUGUUGAAGGCGGUUUGCGUGGAAGCUGGGAUGGCGGCGUUGCGUGCGGAUCGAAAGGUUGUGAUUCACGAGGAUUUCAUCGAUGGGAUUGCGGCUGUGCAAGCGAAGAAGAAAAUGAGUUUGAACUACUAUGCGUGA